CUCCCUCCUCCCCGCCCGCCCGCAGCCGCAGCGCAGGGGCAGGAGGCAGCGCGGCGCGGCAGGCACAGCCGCCCGGCCCGCGCCCGGCGCAGGCAGCAGCGCUGGCGGGCGGUGGCUGCGCCCGGGCCCCGCCGCCGGCAGGCUCCGCCCGGCGCUCCCAUGGCGCGGCGGCCCCGCGCCAGGUGAGGCUGCGCCGCCUGUUGCGCCGCUGGGGCGCGGGCCGAGCCGAGCCGAGCCGCGCCGAGCCCCAGCGGCGACACGCCGCGAAGUUUUGCGGGAAAGCGCCGCUCCGCGAUGUGUGCUUCUAAGAAGAGUAUUGACCAUGAGGAAGCCCACGUGUUAGUCAGUUUGUACUAAUCCCACUGAAGAAAAUGAAGCCACGUUUCAGCUUUGCCGACCCUUUUCCCACCACUGUUGGCUGAAUGAGAAAUGGUCGCGUGAUUAUGCUGACACCCCAGCAUGCAUUUGGUAGACCUGUGGUUAACACGUUCCCUCUCCAUGUGUCUGCUCUUACAAAGUUUUGUCCUCAUGAUACUGUGCUUUCAUUCUGCCAGUAUGUGCCCGAAAGGCUGCCUCUGUUCUCACUCUGGAGGUCUGAACGUCAGCUGUAGCAAUGCAAACCUCAAGGAAAUUCCCAGAGAUCUUCCUCCAGAAACAGUCUUACUGUAUUUGGACUCCAAUCAGAUAACCUCUAUCCCUAAUGAAAUUUUUAAGGACUUGCACCAACUGAGAGUCCUCAAUUUAUCAAAAAACGGGAUUGAGUUUAUAGAUGAACAUGCCUUUAAAGGGGUGGCAGAAACCUUGCAGACUCUGGAUUUGUCCGACAACCGGAUUCAAAGCGUGCACAAAAACGCUUUCAACAACUUAAAGGCCAGAGCCAGAAUUGCAAACAAUCCCUGGCACUGUGACUGCACACUGCAGCAGGUGUUGAGGAGCAUGGCCUCCAACCAUGAGACUGCCAAUAACGUCAUCUGCAAGACUUCUGUGCUGGAUGAACACGCGGGGAGACCGUUCCUCAAUGCUGCCAACGAUGCUGACCUCUGCAACCUUCCUAAAAAGACUACCGAUUAUGCCAUGCUGGUCACCAUGUUUGGCUGGUUCACCAUGGUGAUCUCGUAUGUGGUUUAUUAUGUCCGGCAAAAUCAGGAGGAUGCGAGGAGGCACCUUGAGUACUUGAAAUCCCUGCCAAGCAGGCAAAAGAAACCAGAUGAAGCUGAUGACAUUAGCACUGUGGUAUAGUAUUCUGAAUACAAUGACUGCCUUUGUGAUGGAGACUGGAUUUGGAUGACGUGAAACCCAGAGGUUUACUUCUAACGUUCAUUGUAACAUUAACACUUUGGGGUUGGGGUUUUUUUUCCUGUUUAACUGAAUUACACCACUGUUGAGCUUUCUAACAGAAAGUUUUGUCCGGGUGGUAUACUUUAAUUAUUUCUCUGGUGGUAUCCUAAAGCAAGUGAACUAAUAUGUAAACAUUAGUUUAGACCCAUUCCACUAUUUAAUAACGAAAUUUAUUUUUUUAAUUUAAAAACCAAAUAAAAGCUUAAAUUUGAACCAUGUAAAA